AUGUCCGACGACGAAGAAUACUAUGAAUAUGAAGAGGAUUUCAUGUACGAGGACUUAGUCCCAGACAUGGUGGACGACCUCGCCGCCUCCUCGUACUACGAAGCAGCCCUGUACGAAGACCCAGCGUACGACGUCGAAGACUAUUUCAGCGACUGGGACUACUAUUCAGACGAUCAUUACGACGACGAUCCAACCGCCGAAACAAGCGCCGAGCGAAAGAAACGGACCGAGCACGCGGCCGCUGCGAAGCGAAGAACAAAAGGACCUUCCCGCAAGACGACCACGGUCCCCACAAAGUCUCCCCUGUUCCCAGACACAGCGACGUUCCAGGGCGUGUUGUGGAAGUCGCCCGCCCUAGAUCGCGACGAAGAUGUCGCUAUUCUGUACGAACCGGACUCGGGCGAGAAAGUCGCGCUGCUGGCGAAUUGGCGCGAGGUGUUCAAGUCUUCUCAGCCUGCGCUUGAUAAGUCGAAAUUAAAGAGGAGGCGCGCGGAGUCGGAGUCUAUACCGGAUGAGGAGGCAGAUAAUGAGAUGUCAGAUUACGAGGAGUCGGUUGUCUCGGAGGAAAUGUCGGAUGGGGACUCGCUUGCUUCAGCGGAGGAUACGGGCGAUGCGUCGAACACGACGCCGGACCCAGAGCCGGAUGCCCGUGUGUACAAGUUGGCUUCGCCGCCUAAGGUUGUGAUUCCUAUGAUUUCGAUGGUUUCUGCGGAUACCGAGAAGAGUCCGGCUAAGAGUCCUGCGAAGACUCCAGUGAAGACUCCGGUGAAGGGGGCGAAGCGGGGUCGCAAGCGGAAGGCUGCUGUGCAGGAAGAGACACCUUGGGAGAACUCUGAGCCUCGCUCCAAGAGGGUCGAGUCGCGGAAGGGAGGUGGCGAGAGGGCUGAUUCGUCUGCGCCGGUACGUAGGUCGGCCAGGCAGAAGAAGUGA